AAAUCUUCCCUCCUCCAUGGCUUCAUCGCUUGCAAUAUCUUUCAACAGUUCUAAAUGGAACCCACAGAGUCUCUCUUCAGUAUUCUUCCCCACAAUUCAUCCAAACAAAACCCUAAGCUUCCCUCUUCAUCCAUUCAAACCCAAUUCUUUAAACAUAUACUGUUCACCAUCCUUGCCCACAUCUAGCUAUUUAAUCCCAGACCUGGACAAAACUCAAGAAAAAGAAGAAGAUGAAAGUGAUGAGAGGCCUCUUCACCAAACGUGGAGACAAAUCCAAGGCUGCCACGACUGGCAAGGCCUCCUGGACCCGACAAUCCACCCCAACCUCCGUCGAGAAAUUAUCCGCUACGGCGAGUUUGCGCAGUCCUGCUAUGACUCCUUCGACUUCGACCCCCACUCCAAGUACUGCGGCACUUGCAAUAUUUCAUUUUCGUUUUCAUUUUACGGAAAAGGAGCAAAAAUUCCGAUCACUGUUUUCUCAUUUUCUGGGCCCCGAGUGGGUAAUCUCAAGUUCAAGGAGCGUUGUGAUAAGCUAGGAGUGAAGGUGCUGAGGGUAAUCAAUGUGCACGACAAAGUGCCCACGGUGCCGGGUAUUUUGGCAAAUGAGAAGUUCUGGUGCCAGAAGUAUCUGGAGGAAGCAAUGUCUUUUCCUUGGAGUUACGCACAUGUUGGCGUUGAGCUGGCUCUGGAUCACACCCAUUCGCCAUUUCUCAAGGACACCAAAGACAUCAUAUGUUCCCACAAUCUGGAGGCUCAUUUGCACCUCCUCGACGGCUACAACGGCCGUGGCUCGACUUUUGAGUCGGUGACACAGAGGGAUAUAGCACUGGUUAACAAGAGCAGUAACUUCUUGAGGGAGGAGUUUGGGUGCCUGCCUACUGGUGGCAGGAGGAGAACAAGGGGAUGGUUUUUUAGAGAGAGGGAUGGGCGGUGGGUUGUGCCGGAGAGGGCUGUCGUGGAGGCCCCACCGCCGGACACCGCCCACCACUUUCAAGAGGUGAUGCUUCAGCUUGCACAGUCCUCUCUAAAAGCACUU